AUCUCCCCCUCUACUAUACCAUAUAAAGGCUUCCAAUCCCCCACACCCUGUGCAGGCUAUUCGCUUCUAGAAUGACCCUUUAGAGAUGUCUUCAGUUUACGCCACCUUGUCGUAUCUAUCCUUCCAUAACGCUUCACCACAACUGAGUAAGACAAUGGAAUCCCAUCAUAUCACAGGUAAAUCACUAUUACUGAUUACUAUCAAGUAGAUUCCCAUCGCAUUAUGAAUACCAAUACCUGUACUACCAUAGUACUGGUCCUUCUAUGGCUCUACUUGUGCUGCCAGGCACUGGGUUUCUUGGUGUCCCUGAUAGACGCAGGCAACGCUACAACAUUACCUACUACCACUAUCCUAUCUACCGCGCUGCUUGGUCUAUGUCUAUGGCAAUGCCGCCAAGCGGGUUACCUCGUAUCCCCAAUGACCUGGUACCAUUGGGUACUACUGGUAUUACUAGUAUUACUACAAGUGCUGGCAGUGGUAAUAGAAUAUCUGGGUCUACAGGGCAUGUUUAGCUCAAGCAUCGGUAAAGAAUGGGCGUAUCCCAUCUACGGUGUUGCAGUGGUAAUACUGGCUAUACUGGGUGGUACCCUGUUUUGCGGCUGGAAGUGUAAUCUAUUCUGUAGACCAUGUUGCAAGAGCCAGUACAUUUGCUAUGGUAGUGCAAUAGUGGUAGUAUUAGUGGUACUCAUAGUACUGGGUGUAACAGUCUUGCUGGCAAUGCGCGGUGGUGGCAUUGGUUUCCACAUCGGUUUUGACCUCAGUUUCGCCACAGGAGGAGAUACCGAAAAGUCCAUCAUUCAAUACCUUGGUAACAUGGCGGUACCAAUUAUGCAGUGCUAUUCCACAGCAAUUAUAUGGAAUACUACAGUCAAGCUACCAUAUACAGUACCGGAAGUGGUUGCCCUGAUAGCAUCGGCGGUAGCAGUGUCCUCUUUGUUGUCAUUGGCAGUACUGGGUGGUACCCAUCUCGGUGGAGUACAACUCAGUUCUAAAGGAUACCCUUUCAUAGCAGUCCACCUACUUGCCCUAGGAAUUACCUUAUACUGCCUAGAAUAUAAGGCCAUAUUUCCAUGUCCAAAGCUGCAUCUGUGCUUCGGGAUACUUGCUGUGGUGCUUCUGCUAGCUUUGGUAGUGGUAGCGACACAGAUUGCUACCGAUGGUGCGAGUGACGUUGAUGUUGUUUCAUAUGUCCUCCUGGGCUACUCAAUAUUACUCAUCAUACCGACAUUGUGGUAUGCAUACCGAUGUGGUCUGCUUACAUGGAGAUGGAAUUCAUGUCUCCCCAAGAAAAAGGGUCUCAAGGCUACUGACACUGCUGAGAACACGGUACCAGAAACUGAUAUCGCAAAGGAAUCAUAGUGUUAAAUGUGACUACAGUACCACCCUGUGAC